UGCAUUCAUUCCUCGACUGACGCCAUCCAGGAAGAGCCGCUCUCACUUCUGCGAAGUUUGUCAGGUAGCUUAGCCAAUGGAGUCGAUAGCUAGAAGUAAACAUAAGUGGCCUUAGAAACUUAUAACGUCUUACCCGCUGAUGUACAUAAGACCUAUGAGAUGGAUGAUAUCAAUUUACACUACAGAUUCCUGAACUGGCGGCGCAGGAUCAGAGAAAUCAGGGAAGUCCGUGCUGUUCGUUAUCAAGAGCGAUACAAACGAAUGUUGAAGAAUGGAGACACGCUAAGUUACCAAGGGAACUCUGAUGAAGUUGGCUGCUACGUGGCUCCACGCCCCUUAUCAAAGGGAAACUGUUACUUCGAGGUGACCAUUAUGGAUACUGGAGUGAGAGGGACAAUUGCUGUCGGGCUGGUUCCCCAGCAUUACAAACUUGACCAUCAGCCUGGCUGGCUUCCACAUUCAAUAGCUUACCAUGCCGAUGAUGGAAAGCUGUACAACGGCAACCCCGUCGGUCAGCAGUUUGGUCCUAAAUGUAACCGGGGUGACCGAAUCGGUUGCGGUAUCUAUGCAGACACUUCAGAUGCCGGACUCGUCACUGUGUUUUUUACAAAGAAUGGCAAGGAAGUGGGGUCAGUGGUGGUGCCGGUGGCUCCAGAUGGGCUUUUCCCUGCCAUUGGCAUGCACUCCCUCGGCGAGGAGGUACGGUUGGACCUGCAGGCGGAAUGGGGUUCGGAGGAGGAGGACAGCGUCAUGAUGGUAGACAGCCAUGAGGAUGAAUGGGCACGCCUGUAUGAUGUCAGAGUCAGCGGCACACUUCUGGAAUAUGUCGGGAAAGGGAAGAGCAUAAUGGACGUUGGUCUGGCUCAGGCCCGGCAGCCCCUCACAACACGAAGUCACUACUUUGAAGUGGAGAUUGUGGAUCCUGGAGAGAAGUGCUACAUCGCCCUGGGCCUGGCAAGAAGAGAUUACCCAAAGAACAGGCAUCCAGGAUGGAGUCGAGGUUCUGUUGCAUAUCACGCAGAUGAUGGGAAGAUCUUCCAUGGAAGUGGAGUAGGAGACCAAUUUGGCCCUCGCUGUUUUGAAGGGGACAUCAUGGGCUGUGGAAUAAUGUUUCCUCGAGACUAUGUGCUGGACUAUGAAGAUGAAAUGGACGACUGGGAUGCUGCUGAUGUACGACCAAAGCAGGGGCGUGUCGAAAAUUUACUGUAUUUAAACGAUGAAGACGAGGAAGAGGGAGAUGAUCCAGAACAAGAACAUGAGGGCCGAAAGGUUAUGGUGUUCUUCACCCGGAACGGCAAGAUUAUCGGCAGGAGGGAAGUGGUUGUCCCGGCUGGAGGGUUUUACCCGACUAUCGGGAUGCUCAGCAGCGGAGAAAAGGUGAAGGUGGACCUCCACCCUCUCAGUGGAUAAAGCUACAAGCAGAUGGAAAAGACCAAAAAAUUUAUGCUGAGAUUUCUGUUGUUAUUUUUUUUCAAGGCACUUCAUAAUGCAAGUUUAACACGUCUAACACUCCAGUGCAUGUUUCAUCUACAGCGAUCACCUCAGCUUCAAACGGUUUACUGUGAAACCACAUGUAGAGGGGUUUGUGGCAUGAAAAUAUUUAAUAUUGGGCCUCAAAAGAACUGUUGACGAAAAAAAAAAAAAAAAUGUACGAAGAUACAUUUUAUUAAAAUGCGUAGAAAAUAUUAAAUUAUAUAUUUUUAAUGUACAUAUGUAAAUUUAUGUAUUGGCUGCUAUACAAACAUUUAUUUAGCUAAAUCAAUCAUGAUAUUAAUAAACAACUAGACACCAUAGAGAAACUUAAAGACAUGGCAUGAGGGUGUUAAUAAUUAUAAAUAAAUGGUAAAUACAUAUAAUAAUGUUAAAAAUAAGCACUCCCUCUCACAAAUGACUUGUGAAGGUGUUGAAAGCAUAUUACGGUUAUUUUACUUAUUGUGAUCAUUUUGAAUGUCAUUUAAAAAGUGCCAUAUUUUUGCCGAGCGGUUGAGGGGAAGGUGUUUGUCAGUGGAUAGCAUGGAGGAAUUGCUAAUUGACGAGUUGUAUUGUUUCCUGUUGUGUAUCGUACACUCUCAUCCGUCAUCAGGAAACGCAUUCAGCAGCUCCAGACCAGAGAGAGCAACACACUCUUCAUGUUUAUUUGUUCAUGAAUGCAGCUUAUACCGGUUAUGUUUGUUUAGUUCAGGCUUUUCUGUAAAUGUAGAUUUUUACAUCAGUUUGUGGACAUUUUAUCAGAUAUUUCAGGGGGAUUUGGAAAACAUGGAGCUGUUUAUUCAGGAGUUGUCCACUGUAAUGUGAGCUAGUCUGGUUCACAAAUGCUACAAGCACUUUAGAGACGCCUCAACUUAAGCUGAUAGUCCGAUGAGCGAGCGGCUGUGAUGCUGCGCUCCAGACUUCUCAACACCUCGCUGUUGCAAUAAUGCCCUUCGUCUUCUGUCCUGUUACAUAUCACAUAUGGAACAAAACAGUUUCAUAUGACAUACUUUGCCAAAUUUAAUGUCCAAUUUUGUCCCUUUCAAUCUAUUUUCUCCUCCAACAUUUCUUAUAAACAAAGUCUUUGAAUGAUAUUAAAUUUUUCUCUAUAUUGUCAUCAUAUAGUUUAAGUUAAAUCCUAUUUGAAUCUCAGGACGUUGGUUAUGUUCAGAAUGAGAUACUAGCUUACUGCAUACUGCACAGUGUAUACUGUAUGUCUACAAUUGUUUUUUUAAGAAUUUGAGAGUGCAAAAUAUUGGAAGUUUGUUUUGGCCAUGGGAUUAAAAAAAAGGUAAUUGACUUUUUAUCGAACAAUUCAGACUUUUUUCUAGCAAAAAAAAGUUUGCACAUUUUUUUUUCUUUCUUUUUUUUCAAGAAUUGCAAAUCAAUUGCAGAAAAUAAACUCACAAACUCAAUUUAAAAAAUUCAAAAUUGUGAGAUAGAAAAAUGACCUAAUUCAUUUUUAAUUUGGUGGCAGGAGCAAAAAAAAAAAAAAAAACUUUGUGAUAUGUAAUAGCAAACUUGGAAUUGCAAUUGUGAGAUAUAAAAAUCUAAAUUACCUUCUCAAUUACCUUCCACGGUGAAAGUCAGAAUUAUGUGGGAGACAGUAAGCAUUCAAAAGUUUUUUUUUUCCCUAAUAGUGAGACAAAAAUUCACAAUUGCUUUUUUUUUUUUUUUUUUUUUUUUUACCCCCUGGCGGAAUCAGGCUUCCAUACAAAAUGCAAAGGUAACUUAUAUUGUUGUCACAUAACCUCACCACAUCUUCUUGAAUGCAGAGAGUGAAAUUCAUUUGUUGUAUGUUUCUUUUUUUUCUUACACAAAAUUGGAUCAAAAUAUAACUUGUUUUGAAAUAGCAGUGCAAUUGUAUCAAGUAAGUUAGUGUGGCCACUCGGGAAUUGGAAGGUCAUGUGAAGUGCAGUGAAUUGUGGGAAAUGCUACUGCACUGUGCACAUUUUGCCAUUAUUAUGCAUAAAUGUUCAUGCUAUGCAUAGUAUAAUGCAGAAAUAAGAAUAGUAUGCUAUUCUGAAUAUAGCCAUAGUUGUAUUUGACAGGAUGCAUGGGGUUUCAAAGCACCUGCAUCAUUGAAUAAGGAGCUUUGAUGUAUUCAUCUGAAAGUUCCUCAGUGAUUUAUAACACCCUGCAUGUUUAUCAUAGACUAUUUUCUGCUAAAAUACAUUAAAUGAGAAAUUGUCAUUCUAAAGAGAAGAAUGGGUGUGACCGGCUACUAAAGCCUUUCCAUUUAGUGAUGAAAUGAAUAUUCCAGAUCAGAUCAUUUAACAUAAAGAAUUGCUUGUGUUCCAGACAUAAAUUGACAGCACAGGGAAGCCAAAACCAAAUACCUCUAUCAGUUAAGCUUAUGCAAAAAGCCAAACGGUUGUCCUCUCCAAGAUCAUCUGAAUUCCUCAACUGGAAUGUGGUUGCUUGGCGCAUAAAUGGGCGAUGAUCGUUUUGCUUUCACACAGUCUUACUAAAUGGAGACUUGUGUUGAAGAUGUUGAUGUGCUGCUCUAAUUGUAGCAUGCACUCUUUUGCUAAUGUGUACAUAAUAAAGAAACGGUUAUUUCCACACAAACUGUA